CAUCUUCAAUCUUCUCACAUUUUCUCUGCUCUCAGACUGCGUGGUCGGAAAAAUAACUACAAUUGCAGUUAAAUAAUCGCCUUAUCAUAGAGCAGCUUAUAUUAUCUAUCCAAAGGACGACCAAGUUAGCGCUCGUGAGCCGUCAUGUCCCUCGAAACCCUCCAAACUAUUUCCCCCACCACCAACAAGCCAGUCGUGACGCGUCCGGGAAUCUCAUCAGAAGAGCUUGCAUUGCUGCCGGAAACCGCUCAAGCCGCCUUCAAAUCCUUCUCCCAGAAUACCACUCUCGCCCAGCGCCAAGAAAUCGUCGCCCGAGCGCUGGGAAUCCUCGCUCAGAAGCAGGAUGCCUUGGGCCAGGAGCUGACCGAGCAAAUGGGCCGGCCCAUUUCAUAUACCGGCGUCGAGAUUGCUACAGCGAUUAAGCGAGGACAGUUUCUGAACCGUGCUAGUAACUCGGUACUUGGGGAGGAGGGCACUGUUGAUGGCGAGCCUGAGAAGGGAUUCAAACGCUACAUUAAGAGAAAGCCUGUCGGGGUUGUGUUGGUUAUUUUCGCUUGGAAUUACCCUUACCUGAUCCUCGUCAACAGCCUGAUACCAGCCAUUCUUGCCGGAAAUGCAGUCAUUCUCAAGCCUUCUCCACAGACUCCUACAAUCGUCGAACAAGUUGCUUUGGCUUUCAAGGAAGCAGGGCUUCCAGAAAAUGUUAUUCAAUAUUUCCAUUGUGGUUCUCUUACUCAGUUGCAGGUUCUAAUAAGAUCACCCCAAAUCAACCACAUCUGUUUCACCGGUUCCGUUGCAGGUGGAUUAGCAGUUCAAAAGGCUGCUUCUGAUAGAAUUGUCAAUGUUGGCCUCGAGCUGGGAGGGAAGGACCCCGCGUAUAUACGCGGUGAUGUAGAUGUCGCUUGGGCUGCGGAGGAGAUUGUCGACGGAGCAAUUUUCAAUAGUGGACAGAGCUGCUGUGCAAUUGAGCGGGUAUACGUGCACGAGAGCGUUCACGAUGCAUUCGUGGCCGAAGCGAAGAAAGUGCUCAGCAAGUACCGAGUCGGAGAUCCUUUCGAUGCCAAAACCCAGGUCGGUCCGGUGAUUUCGAAACGGUCAAAGGAGACAUUCGAAGCACAUGUCGCCGAUGCUCUGUCCAAGGGUGCCAAAGACGAAACCCCAGAAAAUGAGACAUUCGCAAACUUCCCUCCAGAUGGCAAUUUCGUCAAGCCAACGCUACUUACAGGGGUCACGCAUGAUAUGAUUGUCAUGACUGAUGAGACAUUUGGACCUGUUAUUCCAGUACAGAAAGUGAAGAGCGAUAGCGAGGCUAUACAGUUGAUGAAUGACAGCGAGUUCGGUCUUACGGCUAGUGUCUGGACCAAGGACGUCGCCACCGCUGAGCAGAUUAUCGAGAAGAUCGAAGCUGGAACAGUAUUUAUUAACCGAGCUGAUUAUCCAAGUCCAGAUCUCGCCUGGACAGGCUGGAAAAACUCAGGACGCGGCGUGACACUUAGCAAGUUUGGAUUUGACCAAUUUGUGAAGCUGAAGAGUUAUCACAUCAAGGACUACCCGAAAUAAGUAUUUCGUCCGUGUUUUGUAUGUAAAAUAUGAUCAUAUGCGGUAUCACGGUCUGUUUUCAGACCUAUAGAGCUAGCAGUCUUUAUAAAGCCGGUUAGGGAAAAAUACAAAUAUAAUCACUCAAAGCUCAUGAAAGAUAAUACAUAAAUUGAUCAAUACAUGUAUUUCUGUCCCCGAGCAGAGUUACGAGUGCCUAUGCAAGCUUAAACAAAAUGAAAGGUAGCAAUUGGUAAUCAUACUGAAGC